GCGGGUGCGGGGAUGAGGGCCCAGCUCGGCCCGGGGCCAGGGGCUCGGUGGCCUGGCCACGUUCCCCGUGCAGCAGCUCAGGGCGAUGUGCAGCCUGCAGAGGGGAAGGCUCCGGCGGCCUUCCAGUGCUUACAGGCACGGUGAGCCAGGCCCACAGCCCAGCCAGCAUCCCAAAGCGCAGCAAGAGGACAAGGAGUGUUGCCAUUGCCUAUGAGUCUGGGCAGGGGGGUGGUGCUGAGCAGGGCAUGGCUGAGCCCCAGAGACCGUGCUGGGAGCCAAGGAACUGGCGGCAGCAGCUGGAGAACAUCCGGCAGAUGAGGAGGAGCAGAGAUGCCCCCGUGGAUGAGAUGGGAGUGCAGAAAUGCUUUGACAGCAGUGCACCUCCGCAGGUCAUGCGCUACCAGGUUCUGCUGUCGCUGAUGCUCUCCAGCCAGACCAAGGACCAGGUCACCGCCGCGGCCAUGCUGCGCCUGCGCCAGCGCGGCCUCACCGUCGACAGCGUUCUGCAGAUGGACGAUGCAACUCUUGGGCAGAUGAUUUACCCUGUGGGAUUCUGGAGGAACAAAGUGAAGUACAUCAAGCAGACAACAGCCAUCCUGAAGCAGAAAUAUGGGGGGGACAUCCCAAGGACUGUGGAGGAGCUGGUGCAGCUGCCAGGAGUCGGGCCCAAAAUGGCUCACUUGGCCAUGAAUAUUGCUUGGGACAGUGUGUCUGGGAUAGCUGUGGACACCCACGUGCACAGGAUCACCAACAGGCUGAAGUGGGUGAAGAAGGAGACCAGAAACCCUGAGCAGACUCGGGUAGCACUGGAGGAGUGGCUGCCCAGGGAUCUCUGGAGGGAGAUAAACUGGCUCUUGGUGGGCUUUGGCCAGCAGACCUGCCUGCCUGUGAACCCUCGCUGUGCCCAGUGCCUCAAUCAAGACAUUUGCCCAGCUGCUAAGAGACACUGAAGGAUCAUCUGCUUCUGGUGAGCCAGCAAAGCUCUGAGAACACUGGAAGGAUCAUCUGCUCUUGGUGGAGCAACCAAGCUGUGAGACACUGGAGGGAUCAUCUGCUCUUCAUGGAGCCACAAAGCUGCUUCUGCUCAGCAGCAGCCCAGAGCUGCGCUCUGCUGAAGCCACACUUCACGUGGGGCUGGCUGUGUGACUGCAAGGCAAUAGGAACUGCUGCAGCUUCACCGGGAAGGGAGCAGCUGCUGGCAGGGGCUGAGAUCUCCAGACCAAGAAAUGAGCUUUCAAACUGCAGAGAGAGGGGCUCCAGCCCCCAUCCCCCUAUGCUUCAGCUUCCCCCCACCCCGAAUGCCUCAGC